AUGGCUUUAUUCGACAAUGUGAUGUGCCUGAUCUCUGGACCUGCGCAGGAAGGCCACCCUGCACCUCACUAUUCGGAGACAUACAUGAGAGAUUCCGUCAGCCAGGCAGCAUAUCCUUUGACAAAAAGCCAAGAAGCAAUGUGGAAUGACUAUACUGCUAAUCCUUUGGGAACGAAAUACAACCUGACUCUCGAAUGGGACCUCCGAAAGUGUGAGGGGCCGCUGCCUGCUGUCUCUGACAUUGUUGGAGGCAACAUCAAGACUGUGCACAACAAGCCUCAUGUUGUCGAAUACCGUGCUGGCUCCGUCGAUCCUGAAGUCCGACUCGUUCAGCGCAGCAAAAACACGAUUUCUCAGCCGACAGUCACGGAAAUUCUGCACAGGCCUUUUCUCCUAGACAGAGAGCUUCCAGCGCGAUGGGUCAUUCUUCAAGAUCCUGACACAUUUCGAGUUUAUGUCGUCGGGCACCAUAUCGUAAUCGAUGGGCAGUCUAUGAGCAUACUGUCGCGGGAGUUCUUGGACCUACUCAGACCAUCUAGUACGGCGCUACCACCAACUACACCCUUCAGAGACAUGCAUAUGAUCGAGCGAGCUUGGCUCAACACUGCGGCGUAUAAGUUGGCGCAGAAGACGUUACUUGAUCAGAUCAAAAACAUGCAUCAAAGUCAUUGGCCAGCCCACCUAUCGCCACCACAAUGCCAGCGCGGUACUGCCGUGGAUUAUCGAUCCAUAGAUGCCUGGGCUUCGUAUUCUAAAUCGGAACUAGAAGAGUGGAGCCAAAUGUACAAAACAUCGUGGUUUCGAGUCGCAACGGCGCUCGUCGGCCUUCUCGUUGCCGACCGUACGCGCCCGCCUCUGGGCAAAGAAGAAGUCUUAUCUGUAGGCUUUGGUGGCCGUCCGCAAGAGAUGAAAUCUUCAUGUGUGGGCCAGUUUGCCAAUGCUCUCCCAGUGAAGUUGCCCCUGUGGCAGAUUCUUGAGCAAGGCGACGGAAGCUUUCGCUCUCUCGUGUCGGCAGUGGGGAAGAACCUCAGUGCGGUAAAAAAGGCCGAGUUAUUUCCCGUUAUUGAACUGGCGAGAAUAUCUCGAGAGUCUGGAAAUGACUACCAGCCUCCCAAAGUUGCUGUCACCUACUCCCCGAAGCUGGCAAAGGCAGGUUGCCGCCUUUUCCCAGUCGAGGGGCCCUGGGACCUUUUCGUAUGCUUCUUGGAGGAGGAACAUGAUGUCAAUCUUGGGGUUAUAUAUGACCCUAGAUUGUUUUCUGGCUCUGCCAUUGAGGAUAUGAAGUCGCAGUGGACACGUUUUACUACCCUAAGCAAAGUUGAUGGCGUGGAGCUUCGAGAAAUGCUAACGUGGCUACCCAAGCACAUCUCCUUGCCCAAAGAAGACCCAGGAGAAUGGAAUCCGCUGAUGCACAUUCACCAGUGGUUUGAUGCUCAUGCCGAGACAAACCCUGACGCUCCCGCACUUUCCUCCAAGGAGCUGGGAAUCCUGACAUAUGGGGAGCUAUACACCUCGACAGAGAAAAAGGCACAAUUUCUUUUGCAAAAUGGUGCAAAAAAUGAGGAACGAAUUUUAAUUCACCUUGCAAGAGGAUUUUCGAUUCUCGAGUGGACGCUGGCUAUUCUCAAGACUGGCGCGGCCUUUGUCUACCUCGACGCAGAAGCUCCUCUGAACCAAAAGACUGCAAUUAUCGACAACUGCAAACCAAGGUUGAUCAUCGACGAGGAAACAGUCGAAGCUUACCAUUUGGAAGCUUCUCAGCUCAAGAUCAACAGCAAAGAGGUACUUGCUGCCAAAUUCGGCACCACUGACUCCAAUCUCGCCUAUGUUAUCUAUACCUCAGGAUCAACUGGAAAACCAAAGGGUGUCAUGGUUGAGCAUGGGAAUAUUUCCAGCUUUGUCAAAGCAGCUUCUGGAAUAUACAAAUGUGGAUACGGCUCUCGCAUCCUGCAGCUGGCAUCCUUCUCUUUAGACGCCUCUAUUCUGGAGUGGACAGCAGCGCUGUGCACUGGUGGGUGCCUAUGUUUCGCAGAACACCCAAAGCAACUAGUUGGAGAGUACCUCGCCGACGUCAUCGAGGAUAAUGCGGUUUCAUUUUUGCAGAUAACGCCGACCGCUCUUGAGACACUCAGCGUCAGUCGAGCACUUCCCAGUCUUCAACUCAUUUCCGUCGGCGGAGAGGCAGUUUCUCGCGAUCUGUUAGCAAGAUGGCACCCCCGUGUGGACCUAGUCAAUGCCUAUGGUCCAACAGAAUGUGCAAUUGCCGUGUCAAUCAAUAAAAUUGAACGAGGCAAUACUCUGGUGGACGAACUUGUCACGGCGGGACGUGCCAACUCUGGCACUACCAUCUCCAUUUGCGCAGAAGGAUUUGGUGCUAUUCUUGGCGCCGAGCGCAUCGGCGAGAUUUGCGUCUCUGGUAAGCAAGUGGCCCGUGGCUACUCUAAUCUUCCAGAACAGACGACAAAAAGCUUCAAGCCGCAUGGUGAUACUGGUGAAAGAAUGUAUUGCACUGGUGAUAGAGGUCGAAUGCUUCUAGACGGCUCGAUUCUGGUCAUGGGACGAGUGGAUCGUGAGCUGAAGGUGAGAGGCUUUCGUAUCGCACCAGAAGAGAUAGAAGAGGCCAUAUUUGAUGCCCAGUGUGGGGUUACUGAAGCAUCCGUUUUGACUUCCGAAGAUGGAAGGGAAAUGGUGGCUCUCGUCACUCCCGAAUCUAUCUCAACCGAAUCACUCCUACGCAAGCUAAGAAUGCUCCUGCCUCCCUACAAGGUGCCCUCCAGAAUUGUGAAAGUCGAAUGUCUACCGAAGAAUUCGAGUGGAAAAACCGAUCACGCCACUGUGCGACGAGAGCGAUGUCGCUUUCUGCCAAAAUUCAACCUGAUGCCAGAAUCGUCAAGCUCGGAACACAGCUCCGAAAGCCACAGCGAGAAUUCAGAGUCGGACUCUUACCAAGAUGAUGAGGAAACAAUAACCAAAAUCUGGUCGGACGUUCUAUGUCUCAAAGACGCUCCAGCAUCUAAUAUCAACUUCUUCGAUAUUGGCGGCCACAGUCUUUUGGUGCCCAGGCUCCAUGAGAGGCUCAAGGCUGCAUUUCCCAACAGAUGUAUUCGUCUCGUGGAUCUGUUCCACCAAUCUACAAUCGAAAACCAGUCUGCGCUUCUUGGAGAUUCGACAGUCAAGAAGCGUAAGACCAAGAGGACGAAACGAGUCGCAAUGGCGAACAAUGACCGCAGGCGUCAAGGAAAGAGCCGGUCGGAUACCCCGAGCAGCACACCUAGCAGCAGAGCAACAAGUAAGAGGCCAUCGCGCCAUUCUGCUAUGACAUCUAGAAUUGCUUCCAGGCGUUCCAGCCCUGCCACCGUCGCCACAUCUGUGGCAGCGGAAGACGACAUGGAGCUGGAUGGCGUCGCUAUCAUUGGUCUUGCCGGCCGCUUUCCAGGCGCCAAAACCCCAGAUGAGUUCUAUCAAAAGCUCAUGCAAGGUUACUCUGGCAUCACGCCUGCCAGUAACACUGAGCGCAAAACCCUUCCCGGCAAUCUCUGGGUGCCACAAGCUGGCUCCCUUGACAAUGUCGAAGAAUUUGACCAUGAAUUCUGGCACCUGUCUCGCGAAGAGGCUACAGAAAUGGACCCUCAACAACGACUGUUUCUUGAGGUCGCGUAUGAAGCCUUGACAGACGCUGGGUACGAUGUAGGUCACGGCGGAAACCCGGAAUGUGGUGCUCGCGCUGGUAUUUUCGUGGGCUGUGCCAACAACGCCUAUCAUCUGCAUACAGAGUCGGUGGCCACAGAUCCUUUCUUGAAAGAGAAUCGCCCGAUGGUGGCCCCUUCCAUUUCUGCUCGAACAGCAUACCACCUCAACGUCAGAGGGCCGAAUGUUACCAUUCAGACCAACUGUGCCAGCAGCAGUGUUGCUCUGUCCUUGGCAUUUGAUUCCCUCCGCCUAGGUCGCUGCGACGUUGCCAUAGUGGGAGGAGUUUCUGUUCAGCUAUUCGAAGGCGGCUACGUGACCCAAGAUGGACAGAUCUUUUCUCCCAGUGGUGUAUGUCGCCCUUUUGACGCACAGGCCGACGGCACCGUGCCGGCAGACGCCGUGACGUGUGUGGUCCUGAAACGCUACAGCACCGCAGUCCUGGAUGGGACGUCCAUGUACGCUCGCAUACUCGGAACUGCAAUCGGAUCUGAUGGAGCUUUGGAAAAGGUAGGCUACCAGGUUCCUUCGCCCCGUGGCCAGGCAGAAGUCAUCAAGUCGGCUUGGAAGACAGCGGGACGUGUACCGAACAAAUUGCGAUAUGCGGAAAUUCAUGGCAGCGGUACGCCUAUCGGGGAUGCACUGGAGCUAGAAGGCCUUGGCCUUGCUCUGAGGGAGUUGGGUAGCUCUCACCGGUUCACUGUUGGGUCAGUCAAGGGCAAUAUCGGCAAUGCACAGCAUGCUUCUGGACUUGUUUCCCUGAUCAAGAUCUGCAAGUCGAUACAGGCCGGUACCAUUCCACACACCAAGGGCCUGGAGUGCCCCAAUGCCAUGAUCAAUCCAGCUCUGCCAAUUGAUCUUGCCAUGCUACCUACAAAGCUAACUAGAGAUGACAUUGUCGCUGUAUCCGCUUCCGGCUGGGGCGGUGUUGAUUCGCAUGUUGUCUUGGGCUUUCCUCAUCAGGAAAGCCUGCUCAAAAUGUCGACAAUAUAUGUCCCCGAGGGUAUAUUCGACCGCAGAGCUCUCCAGGCUCCAAGACGCAAGGGUUGUGCUAUGCCGGUAGCUAAGCCUUCAGGCACAAUUGUGGAUAAGAAAUUGGGUCUAGCUAUCAGUGCUUUCGUUCGGGUUGCUUCCGAGAUCCUUGAGACCAAAAUCGAACCCCAAAGCAAUCUGAAAAAUUCUGGUCUUUCUAGCGCGCAAUAUGUGGCGUUGAUAAGUUCUGUGGCCAAGGAGUUGUCAGGGCCCAAUAUCGGGGCUAUCGGGUUUGUGACCCCUGUGUUGUCGCCUGCUUCACUGGCUGAAUUGUUCGUCUCGCGGGCAUCUCGCGGGCGUCCAACGCAGACACCGAGCCCUGCACUCCCACUGCUAAAUGUAAUCCGCCAGGGACGCAAGGAUUCCUUGUAUUUCUUCAUUCCGGGCUCUGACGGGUUGCUCACCGGCGCGGGGCCGCUCUUCGCUAGCCUUGACACAGAUACCACUAUUCUGGCAGCGGAACAUCCACACCAAAAUCCCAGUGAAGAAUUCAUCGGGGCCUACACCGAACUUGUCGUCUCUGCCCUGGAGCCUCAUAUCAAGAAUGUAACUCUCGUUGGUGUCUCUAUGGGAGGGCUACUGGUUCCAGAUUUGGCUCGUGAGAUCUCAAAGAGCCCUGCGGUUGAAAGAGUGAAGGUGAUAUUGCUAGACGCUCCGGCGCCGGCGGCUGAGACGUCACAGUGUGUCGGACUCGAGGCAAUCUAUAUUGGCGCUCAGGAUGGCCAGCUGCGCUCGGGACAUGGUGUGGAGGAAGCCUGGGCAGAGAUUUUCCCAAUGAUGACGGUCGAGAGACUACAGUGCGCCCAUGCCGAUAUUUGGGGGAUAUCGCAGGCUGACAAGACAGGGGCCAUCAUGUCGAAUUUUUGUGAAAAGUAA